UACUUCCUUCUCCGACCGAUAAACACUGAACAGAGGAGUUAAGAGGUUAAGGAUCCACUGUGGCGAUGGCUAACGUGUUCCACGCCCACCAGUCCCACUUAUUCUUCCCUCUCAAUCCUUCAAUCUCCACCGUCCGUUCCAAGACGCAGACGUUCCACUUCCCGCAAUCAACGGCUCCGGCUAACCUCCGUACGGACCUCUCCGUGCGCCAGAGGAGCGUGAAGUGUAUGGCGAACCCGAGAAGAGUGAAGAUGGUGGCUAAGCAGAUAAUGAGGGAGCUCUCCGACAUGCUUCUCACAGACAAUGUAUUGCAACACGCCGUGUUGCCCGAAGCUGCACUUGGAGCCGACCGCUACCUCUCUUCUCUCACCACCAUCAGUGAUGUUGAGGUCUCCAAUGAUUUGCAGAUUGUGAAAGUAUAUGUAUCGGUGUUUGGGGAUGAUAGAGGGAAAGACGUUGCGAUUGCGGGGUUGAAAUCGAAAGCUAAAUACGUUAGGAGUGAGCUUGGGAAGCGAAUGAAGUUGAGAUUGACGCCUGAGGUCAGGUUUAUUGAGGAUGAGUCCAUGGAAAGAGGAAGCAGGGUAAUCGCGAUACUAGACAAAAUAAAAGCUGAAAAGGGAAGCGAAGGGGAGCCAGAAACGUCUGAUUCGCCAGAGGAUGAUCAAGAUUGGGGAGUGGAUGACCCCGACGAAGACAUCAUCUAUGUAAAGUAAACGGUCGCAAACAGUUUUAGCUACCAAGCACAAGUGCAUAUUACUAAGAAUUUCCCCUCAUCAUAUUUUCAAAUCAUCUAAGAGAGAUCAUUGACAUUGGUGCACCAUCUGACUCUGCGGGUAAUCUUUUCACAUGUUUUGUGUGAAGUUUACUAUAAGGAAUAUGUUGAUGACUCGGAAUUGAGAACUAGAGAAGACGAAUACCGAUAUACAUAGCUCACAUGGCUCCUUCCUAGUAUGGAUCAGCUUCUUUGCUACCUGGAUGGACUCAACUCUCUCCGAAGAAAUGUUUUAUUUCGGAUAUUUGGAUGAAUCAGUGUACCAAUGUGGGUCAUAUAACUCAUUAGCCCUCCUCUUUGUUGUUCUGAUAGUAGAAGAAGUUAACCGAUUUGAAAUU